AUGUUAUGUAAUUUUUCAAAAAUAUUAGAAAAGAUUAUAAAAAACCACUUAAUAAACUACUUAGAAGCAAACAAGUUAUUAUCAAAAAAUCAGUUUGGUUUUAGACCAGGUAUAGGUACAGAAGAGGCUCUGUAUAGUGCCACUAGCUUCAUUUAUAAUGCACUUGAUAAGGGAAAGAAAACUUUGGCAAUUUUUCUAGAUCUUGCUAAAGCGUUCGACAUGAUAAAUCACACGGAAUUAAUUAGAAUUCUAUCUAGUUUUGGUAUGAAAACGAGUAGUAUCAAAUGGUUUACAAGUUAUUUAUUUAAAAGGAAUCAAAUUGUUAUGAUAAAUGGUAUUUUAAGUGAGGAAAGGGAAAUAAUUUGUGGAGUACCUCAGGGCAGUGUACUCGGUCCGAUCUUUUUUAUAUUAUACAUAAAUAGUAUAUGCAAUUUAAAAAUUGAUGGGACAAUAAUUACAUAUGCAGAUGACACAUGUUUGCUUUUUUCUGGUCCCACUUGGAAUUCAGUAUACCAAAAGUCGAAAAAUUAAUUGAC